AUGCGGGCAUCUCAAUGUUCGGGGGAUGUGGAGUUCACCAGCAUGGAGACCUACAAGGAGGUGGCAGAAGUAAACCUCUGGGGCACAGUGCGGGGGACAAAAUCCUUUCUCCCCCUCAUCCAGAGGGCCACAGAAACGAGGGGGCCCCCUGACCCUGGCUGGUUCAGAAGGCGGAGCCCCAGCCUGACAGGCCGCAAAAUAGCUGCCAGGGGCCAGGAGGCCGGGUUCUGGCCAGACCUCCAGAAACGUGCCAGGCCCCAGACCCUCUGCAGGUAUUGUUCCGUGAGCAGGACUUUGCUGUCUUCCUCCGCAGGCUGCGUGGUCAGCAUCAGCAGCAGGCUGGGCCGCAUGGCCCACGCGGCCGGCCCCCCAUACUGCAUCACCAGGUUUGGGGUGGAGGCUUUCUCUGACUGCCUGCGCUACGAGGUGCACCCACUGGGAGGGAAGGUCGGCGUGGUGGAACCCGGCAACUUCAACGCCACCACCAGCCUCUACGGAGCUGAGCGCAUCCAGGCCAUCGCCAGUAAGAUGUGGGAUGAGCUGCCUGAGGGGGUGUGCAAGGACUACGGCAGGAAGUACUUUGACGAGAGGGUCGCGAAGAUGGAGACCUACUGCAACAGCGGCUCCACGGACACGUCCCCCGUCAUCAGCGCUGUCACCCAACCCUGCACUCGCUACCACCCCAUGGACUACUACUGUUGGGUGCGAAUGCGGAUCACGACCCACUUGCCCGGAGCGAUCUCCGACAGGAUCUACAUACACUGAGGAGUUUUGCACUGGCCUCUGCUGGGGAGCCCUGGGGGGAGGGAAGAGGACGGAGGGAGGGAGGGGGAGGGGCUUGUGUCAUUACCUCUUGAUUACCCACUUGUGGAUUAUCCCAAUCCCAGGAGGACCCACUACCAGUUUGAGCGUUAACCAGAGCAGGCAGCCCAGCUCAACUCGUGUGCCCAGUGAAUGGCUCGGGCCUUCUCAACUGGGGUGCAGAGUGGUGGGCAGGGCCCACAAACCUCAGGGCAAACAUGGUGAAUCUGUCCUUCUGGAAUUGAUUUUAUACAACGAUUUUAGGUAGACAUCUUUAUAUUAAAAACAGAUUUAUUAUAAAAUAGAAUCCAGAUCCUUUAUAUUUUAAAGCCAAAGCAUCAGUUCAAAAAAUUUACCUCAGGACUUCCCUGGUGGUCCAGUGGUUAAGACUUCGCCUUCCAAUUCAGGGGGUGCAGGUUCAGUCCCUGGUCAGCUAAGAUCCCACAUGCCUUGGGGCCAAAAAACCAAAACAUAAAGCAGAAGCAAUAUUGUAACAAAUUCAAUAAAGACUUUAAAGAAAUGGUCCACAUCAAAAAAAAAAAAUUUAUCUCAUUUGAUCCUUAAACCAGCCUCAUGAGUAAAAAGGACAGUUUUACUUUUUCUUUUGUACAUGAAGAAUUUUUGGCUCAAAGAGGGUACAUGAAUUACCCUUUUAUUGCUUAUAAAUCAAUUUUGCUUAUAUUGCUUUAUAUAAAAUAUAAAGGUCCAAGUCGUGCGUUCCUGCCACUGCUGUAGAAACAUUUCACAUUUUAUGUUCUGGGGCUGCUCUGGAUCCAGUUACCUGAGGAUCCUGUGAUGAGCUCCGUACCCUCACCUGGGCCAUAUAUACCAUGUGCCCACCAUGCACCUCUUUGCAUGUCCUUGGUGCUGCUGUGUGCAGCCUGCAGCCAGUGAUUCAGGGCUGAGUGGAGGGGGUGGCAACGUUCUGGAGAUUUCCAUUUGAGGUUUCUCCAGCUUAUCUUAGGACAAACUUGUGUGGAGGUGCUCAUUGGCUAAGAGGUAAUUUGUUUGUGGUUUGGGUCCGCCUGGUCUUGCCUGGGGUGGGACCCAUGUUGAUGGGACAUUCUUGGCAGGAGCCAUGAUACGUAGGACAGGCACUGUGGCCUCUCCUCCCCCAGGGGUGGGUCCAGGUUCCCUGUCUGUCUCACCUGGUGCUUUUACACACACACACACACACACACACACACACCCCUGUUCUAUGGUGCCCAGGGUGGCCUUCAUUGAUGGCUCACCUUCCUGCUAUGGACUUAUUUUUAAUUAAACCAGGUC